GAGAGGGAGGAAGUGGUGAGGAUGCUGUUCAUUGCUGCAGCACUUUGCUCCCCAUCUCACCACCGUCAGUCAGUCACAGAGUUUACGACACAAAACAUCGGGGCUGUUUCACUGACCUGUAUUCAUCACCGUCUACAUAUGACCAUGUCUGUUAAGGAGUGGCGUAGCUGGAAAAUGCAGUUCCGAUAAAGCCCAUUCAAGGUAAAUCACUGCGUCUGGGUCGCUCAUCGCUGAGGGGAAAAAAGGAACUCAGCAUCGAAGUUAGAGGAAGGACACCUGCGCUUCCCUCUGAUCAAGUUCUCUCUGUCCGAAAGAUGUCAACCUCCAGCGCUGACAGUAUGGGAAGAGGAACCAAAGUGUCAAAGGAUCAUAAAAAGCCCACAGCUUCUGCCCUGAAAGGAGCCAUCCAGCUGGGCAUCGGCUACGCUGUGGGCAACCUCAGCUCCAAACCAGACAGAGAUGUUCUCAUGCAAGACUUCUCUGUGGUGGAGAGCGUCUUCCUGCCCAGCGAGGGCAGCAACCUGACCCCAGCACAUCACUUCCCCGAUUUCCGUCUGAAAACGUACGCACCGCUGGCCUUUCGCUACUUCAGAGAGCUGUUUGGCAUCAAACCAGACGACUACCUGUACUCCAUCUGUAAUGAGCCUCUGAUCGAGCUGUCCAACCCCGGUGCCAGCAGUUCCUGGUUCUACCUCACCAGCGAUGAUGAGUUCAUCAUUAAGACGGUGCAGCAUAAAGAGGCCGAGUUCCUGCAGAAGCUGCUGCCUGGUUACUACAUGAAUCUGAAUCAGAACCCGAGGACGUUGCUGCCGAAGUUCUACGGCCUUUACUGCAUCCAGUGCAGCGGCAUCACCGUCCGCGUGGUGGUGAUGAACAACGUGCUGCCGCGCGCCAUGAAGAUGCACUACAAGUACGACCUGAAGGGGUCCUCGUACAAGCGCCGCGCCUCGCGGAAGGAGCGCACCAAGUCCUCGCCCACGUUCAAGGACCUGGACUUUCAGGAGAUGCACGAGGGCCUGCACUUCGAUGCUGACACCUACAGCGCCCUGAUUAAGACCCUGCAGAGGGACUGCCGGGUCCUGGAGAGCUUUAAGAUCAUGGACUACAGUCUCCUUCUGGGGAUUCAUGUUUUGGACCGGAAGCCGCUGAGCAGAGGAAGCCGAAUGGACAGCAGGAGAGGAGGGAAAGUCCUCUACUCCACCGCCCUGGAGUCCAUCCAGGGCACGGUGAAGGACCCCGAACCGGUGGCUGAUGAUGACACAUUUGGUGGUAUUCCUGCCAAACAUAAAGACGAAAACCUGCUCAUAUUUUUAGGGAUCAUCGACAUCCUUCAGUCCUACAGGUUCAUCAAGAAAGUGGAACACUCCUGGAAAGCGCUUGUACAUGAUGGGGACACAGUGUCGGUUCACAGGCCCAGUUUUUACGCAGACAGAUUUCUGAAAUUCAUGGGCUCGACAGUAUUUAAAAAGAUUCAUCCUUUAAGAGGAGCUUCUUCCAAGAGGAAGAGAGGUUCCCUCUAUGCAGCAAAGUCUGCAUCCCAGGAGGUCCUGUCCCCACAGAGGGAGGAGAAGAGGGAGGAGAAGAAGGCCCAGAGCAUGGACAACCUGGACGGGAACUUUUACAGUUCCUCCAAGCAACCAGAUCUUCUGCCACGAUCUGUGGCCUUCGAAUCUCCCAGAGAUGAUGACGAGGAGUGUGACGACAGUGAAGACCGACGAGCCUCCAGUUCAACGAUCGCUCUGGAAGACCCCCUGUCGUCUCUCAGCAGGAGCCAGUCAGACUCUGAGCUGGACGUCUACUUGUGUCACACAGACUCACCCAGGCGACCCAGCUGGAGUUGAUCAGUUGUUUGCAUCCCCAGCAUCCAUAAACUACUCUUACUUCUAUCUGGCGAGGGAGAUGAUCUGAACCUGAAACCCCAACGCAGAACAAAGUCCAGGCUGGAUUUGGAGGAAAGAGAUGUUCUUUACUCUAUGGUUUUAUUUUUAGUAUUUAAAUGACAGCGUAAACAUCCAUGUGAAGGGAAAACGGUUUAAGUGAUAUGAAUCUGAAACAGGACAGUUCCACCUACAAACAGGAGAUCACAUGGUAUAUAAAAAAAAACUCAUUUUCAUCAAAUAAAUCCACUGAGUACACAAAUCGAACAUGGUUCAAGAUACACAGUGAGAUGACACACCAUGACACACACUUUUGCUUUAACUGUUUGACUUUUUGAGGAGAAUUACUAAUAUUAGUCACUUUAAAUAGAGUCUCUGUGGCCUGUGGUCAGUGGGCCUGUUCAGAAAUCCAUUCACCUUCAGGUAGUAAAUCCCAAAGUCCUAAUUCAUUUGAAACCAAACACCAAUUGUUGUCCUUGUUUCCUAAGUCAUAAAGGGGGGGAAAUCCUCUUUUUUUGCUCCCCAGUGAGAAGAACUGAGUGAUGGGUCCUCUCCCGACCUUCGACCUCUCAGUCCCACGGUGUCGAGGCAUCAGUGUGUGGCCACAGUGUGAAUGCUGCGCAAACUACAGGCGGUUCCAUCCUCUGCCGGCAUCACUCUGCGCCUCUGUGACUUUCCCUCUCUUGAGUCAAACUAAAGUCCCAUUCUCAACGAAUGGGGACACAGUCUGUGUUCAUCUGUGUUGAGGUUAUUGAACCACCCUGUUAAUAAAAAACACUAUGAUGCUGUUUCUUCUCUCAGUAACUGUGCACUUUGCUUCUAGUCCAGUGCUUUAAAAAAAAAAAAAAAGGAGUUGCAGUCUGACCUCUCCUUUUGGUUUGUCUUAGUUUGUGUGCUAAAGUUCAAAUUCCUGAGCGGCUGGAUCCCUGAGGAAAUAUGUUGUGUUGUAACUUAAUCAGCCGCAGGAAAAUAAUAAUCGUUCGCUGUUAUUUUUCCAAUCACAGAAUUACAGAGUUGUGUUGAGAUCAUAUUGCUUUUCAGGAAUCGCUCAUCUGUGGAGACAUUCAGAUGUGCACCAGUGGUCCAGUGUGUUCUGUGCUUACAAACAUUAUGUAUAACUUUUACAAUAGAUUACUUAAUAAAUAAAAGUAUUUGCUUUUGAUUAUUUGAUUGUUUUAAUGUUUUUAAUGUUCUUACUACAGCCUUACGCUGCCUACUACAGGCUGUGAAUUGACCAACAUAAAUGCUGUAAUCACAUACUCUUCAUAUAGUCUUUGAUCCCUCGCCUUUCAUGCAUUUCCUUGUCAUUUCCCUUGAGAAUGUACAUUUCAUUUUCACUGAAGUGAAUGCAAACCAAUCCCUUUUGUCCUGGAGGUAAAAUAUGACCACGUUUUGUCUUCACAUGCCUUCAGGAGUUCAACAGUCUGUGCUUCGCUGAGAUUUAUAGGCCUUCCACUGUAUUAUAGCAAUACUUUGUAAUUGUAUUUUUGAAAUAAAUUAAUAUUUAAAGUCCCU